ACCGGUUGGAUGAAACUGUACGAAUUCCAAAUCCUGAUUUGGCAAAUUCGCUCUAGAUACCAUCGCAGUACCGUCUCCGGUGCACGUGUGGGCGGAUGUACAGGAGAAGUACGCGCGUCCAUAGCCUCCUGUGGCUAAUACUGUGUUCUUAGCGUGAAAACGAUGGAGAGUACCAUCUUCCAAGUUCAGAGCGAUUAUGCCUCUACAUUCUCCACCCUCCAUAAGCAAGUCCAGAGCGAAAUAUUCAACGAAGUAAUUGCAGUCGUAGCUUAAUGACUGACCGUACAAAGUGUGAAGCAAAGAAUGACCCGUUCUAUCAGCUACACAGCAACACCUGUGAGCUUGACCACCUUUCCCAAACUUUAGGGACUGCCCGCCAAAAGCACGUUGGUAAAUCUUACCUGAAACGAAAGUGAUCGCAUACUUUAAUACAAGUACUACAAAUGCAAAUCUACAUUUGUUCUAAGAUUUAGGAAUACACAUCAGUGGAUGUACACCAAUGUUCAGACGCCUAGCAACCAGAAAUGACUUGUUAUUUUUAAAUGUCACUCAAAAAUUUGUAACACUCCCUCCUGAUACUUUGAUAAAUUUUUGUAGAAGAAUAAAUAAAAUGCUGGAAUAUUAGUUUAAACGUUAAGAAUUCAGAAAUUACGUAUCUGUUGAUUAUGGAUAAAAAUAUCGGAGCGAAACAAAAUUAUGAAGAAUUCGGGAAUACAGAAAAUCAGGGAGACAACGAAAAUGAUCGAGUAAGUAUAAAGUCACACCCGACAUCGCAGCAAAAUUUGAAGAGACGUUCCCAUUCCCGUUCUCGAUCACCUAUAAAUACUAAAUGUUUAAAGAGAUGGGUCAGCUCGAAUGCUUUUGUAAAUUUUAUACAAGAUUUCAGAGAGAAACAUGCCGGUGUAAAAGGUUCAAAAAUAUAUAAACUAGCUGGUGAAAAAUGGAAACAAAUGUUGCCAAAAGAGAAGCAACCAUAUGUAGAUGCAGCGAAAAGUAUCAAAAAUCAAAAACAAGAUCAACAAAAGAAAGACAAUAUAAAUGCUCCUAAUCCGGCUAAUGUUGAUUCCAAAAAAGAUGAGAAAAGUAAGCAGACAAAGAAUACAAAGAAGUCAAAAAAAGAUAACAAGGAGAAAAAGCAAAAGAAGAGAAGAAAAUAUAAUACAGAGUCAGACACUGACUCUGCUGUUUCAGCUACAUCAGCUACAACAAUAACAAGUGAUGAUCUGUCAGAUAUGAGUUCAUAACUAGAUAACAGUUGCUUAUAUUCACAUAUUUAUAUUUGUGAUUACUUUAUUCUUUGGUAAUUCCUAUACUUAUUUGUCCUUCAGUUAGCAGUUAUGUUUCAUUGCAUGUUAUCAAAAUUGUGCGCUCUCAGAAUAUUGAUGGUAAAAUGUGAUAUACAUUAAUGCAUUUUAGAAAGUUAAUAAAGACAAAUACAAUUCAUCUUUUA